AGUUAUUCCUCGUAUGUUUCAGGAAGAUGAGCUACAAAAUUGUGAGAAAUUGUGGAAGUGUUGUAUUUUUCCUUUCGCUUGUGCAUAAGAUGUAGCGUUCGCGUAUUUUUGAUGCGGAGUCUCGCAUUCGCCGAAUGUGUGUUCGACAGUUUAUAACAUGAGUGUGUGUUACUAAACGGGUUCGAUGCGGGGUAUGAAACUAUCCCGCAAUGGCAAAAGUAUUGCCAUUCGUGAGGUGCAUCCUAAGAAGGUUCUCAGGUGCUACAAGCCAUGUUCGUCAGGAUCAAUCUGCAUCCUCUCGAGUGGAAACGUGCAUGGUGUGUAGCAUCUGUGGCGAUGAUGUUGACUUCGAAUCCUAUGAGAAUGGAGACACGAAGUCAACUCCUUUGAGUGUCGGAUGUAAAUCCUGCCAGUCGAACACCAUGAGCCCAUCCUGUUCAGUCUGUCGGGAACGGGUGUUUCCCGAGAGCGAACUCCUUCCAUCGGCAUGUUCAUCGUGCGGAAGUUUCGUACACAUGAGAUGCGAUCCAGACGCCGAACUCGCGUUUGACGAUUUCUCUGAUGGCAUCGUGGUCGAUCAGUACGUGUGCAAAGCUUGCAAGACAGUGCGCAGUGAUUUCGUGAUCUCAGAGUCGAAGGAGGGCGAGGAUGCUGAAUCAAUAGUGGAAACUCCCGGACAUUCCUGGUCAACUCCGUCACCAUCUUCCCGCGGAGAUGAUCUGGUUUUCAUGGAGUCGCCUUCUGACGACUCAAGAGUGCAGACUCGUAAAGAACCGUCGAAGAAAACAAAAUUUGGUCCACCUGUGAAGAAGGACAAGCGGUCUGCGCCUGAAAUUCGAGGCAUUUUUGGCAAACCGGGCAUUUCGUUGGAGGGACCUUCUCGACUUGAUUUCGUGGAAGACAGGAAGGCAAAAAUCAUGAUGGUAUGCUCUGCGAAGGAUCGCGCCGCUAUAUCGUACGAUCUUUGUGUGUUGUGUGGCUCCAUGGGACAAGGUCAAGAAGGACGUCUACUUCCGUGUGUCCAGUGUGGUCAGGCGUAUCAUCCCUAUUGCCUAGAUGUUAAGCUGACGCAAGCAAUGCUGAAUAAUGGAUGGCGAUGUCCCUCGUGUACAUUGUGCGAGAGUUGUGGGGGAAAAGACGGUUUAGAAGACAUGGUGUUUUGUGAGGACUGCAGCGUAUCCGUGCACAAAGAGUGUAUGAAGUUGCAGUCGUGCGAUUUGUCGGACAUCCUACCCUGGCGGUGUCGUGCUUGCGCGACGUGUGCGAAGUGCGGGAAGCCGGAACCCGGAGAAUCGACGCAACCCGGCCGAUGGGGAAAAAGUUUCCAGUGUUCAUUGUGCUCUUCUGCGAUUAAGUGUCGUGUCUGCGAUCAGGAAUACGUGGAGGGCGACUUGCUCAUCCGUUGUUCCGAGUGCGAAAAGUGGCUUCAUGGCCAGUGCGACCAGGUACAAAACGAAGAAGAAGCAAAUGUAUGUUUGCGUCUUGGCUAUGCGUGUCUUCGGUGCCGUCCAGUGGCUGAACAGCCGCCUCACCUCAAAACAACCAGCACGCAAGCGAAGGAAGAAUCCGGCGCUUCCCAGUUACCGCUGCCUGUCGUACGCUUCCGCCGAGAUCUCCAUGGGAACAUUUCUGACUUCACCUCGUCAAGUUCUAUGAUCAACCCGUCAGGCUCGCGAAAUAUUGUGGACGGAGUUUGCCUCUCCGAUAUAGGUGCCAAGACCAUAAAAGAGCUCAUGAAGACUCAUUCGGAUUUCGGGCGCAUUAAACGAAAUUUUCGGAAGCGUAAUGGCGGCGAUGCUGACGCUGCAUCCAAGGAACUGAGAAGUACGGAAACACCUUUAGAUGGCGUCCCUGUUAAACGAGGGAUGAGCGAAGCGGCGUUACUGAGAAAACAGAAGGCUAUUCAGCGUUGUGGCAUCGGUGGAUUCUCUGUGAAAAUCGUAAAAACGAGGAUUCCGUCGCGGUCAGAGCCGUCUAAAGAGUCCAAGAAGCCCAGGAAACGUAAAGCCAAAAGCAAGAUUCUUGAGUAUAUUCCCCCCAUGAUACAAGAUGCGUUCUUUGGGAAGCAUCUUUUGACAGCGGGAAGGAUUUCUCCGGUUUGCGAUGAAAAUCCACUUCCUGAAGACAAUCUUCUUUGGACAGCCUCUGCCGAUGCCGUCCUCCCUCUCUCUCAGGAUGAACUGCACCUGAUAUUCAGCAUGCAACAGAAUCGAGUGAAUCGAAAACGUGAUGAGAAGGAGCACAAAAUGAACGGGCAAAGAAAGCGUCGAGUUUGCCGAGUGCAGCGCCUGAAAGCUGGAGAAAAGCGACGGAAAGUACAAAAAGAAUCUGAGGUGGAUAUUGUAGAGCCAGUAGAAUCAAAGUCAGAUGCAGACGAUCCAGAGGAGGAGGAGGAGCCCACCGACGCCUGGCAGGACGUUCUGCUCAACCCUGAUAUUUUCAACGAUGUGAUGGUCGACUCUUUACUGGAAGCUGAAAUCGAGGAUGGUCAUUUGGGUUUCGAUGAAGAUCUGCCGAUUGAGAAGGACGAAACCUGUGGAAAACUUGACGAAAGUGGCCUUGGUUCAAGUUCCGUUGCGGAUUCCGGGAUUUCGGAAAGCGGCCCCGACUCCACACCUCACACGACUCACGCAAAAGAUGACUUGGCUGAUUUCUUGCUUCAUGAGAGCUUCGACGAAACUGAUUUUCCUGCUAUGGAUGCAAAAGACUUGGAAACAGUGUUCAGUGUUGCGGCAGGCCACCAGGAGUCUGAAUCUGUUGGAACUGGGGACCAAGAGUGUUGUUUAGUGAACGAUGAACACGUGAUGCCUUUGCCGCAAACGAUAGGGCCCGUCAUUCAGCAAGUCUAUGAUCCUGUUCAGAUGCCUGUGCUUGCAUCUGUUCCAUCCUCUGACGCACAAAUUGGGAAAGCAUGGCGAGCACUGUCCUGCGAAGAACGACAAGAUUUCGUGAAGCGAGCACGCGAUAAUCGAGCUGCAUUGAAGCUAUCAAAACCGGCGUCAUCUUCGACGCCGACGGCCCCUGUUUCGAUGCCUUGUUGGACUCCUGCAUCUCAGCCAGCUCUGCAAUCCAUGCCGCAGACUGUUCCACAAAUGAGCUACAUGGCAUCCCAAGAUUACGGAGAAUACGAUCAAACCUUGGACAUCAUGAUGUCGAAACAGAAACAGUUGCGGGAUUUCCUGCAAAACCAGCAAAUGGAGCAAUAUGGACAGGAUUGGUGUAGUGGGAUGCAAAAAGAUCUUUUGGAACAGGAGAAAAAGGAGCAAUGUCGUUUCGCACCGCAACCCUCGCCGCAACAGCAACAAGGCGUUGUGAAUCAUCAACAAUCGUUCACUGAUGUGCCAGUUGCGGCCACUCGAGAAAAUUUAGCUAAUAAGUUGGAUUUGUUGUGGACUGAAGGCGGUUAUAGAGCAUCGGACGUCGGCUGGGGUUGGAAUGGCGGCCCGUGUCAUUAUUACCCGCGGCCGCCGACUUAUUAUCCUAGUUACCCGGCUCCGUAUUCGUACCGAAGCCGGUUCAAGCCGCCAUACUACAAUGAGGUGCCGUACGGGCAAGAAACUGUUGAUGCUACGUCUGGAAGAGGAAAUUCUGCAAAAGAAGUCGUUACUCCUCCUGCGCCGCCGACACCUUGUGCCGUGUCUCCGAUGCCGCCACCGUCACCUCCUCCGAAAGUCGUUUCAUCAGAGGAAGAUCGUCGAAAACAGUUCCAGUACGAACAGUGGCUGACGCAAAAUGCCCGCAUUUUGAGUAUGCGGCAAACGCAUUAUCAAACUGAGGUUGAAAGAUUCAGAAAGGUGAGAAGAACGCUACUUACCCGACAGCGACAAUUGAGAAAAACCAGCAUGGAGUUGAACCCUCAAGACAGCGCCACUCUCGAAAAAAUUUCAACUGAGCAAUCGGACAUUCAAAGGCAAUUGGAGCAGUGCAGGAAAAUGAUGAAACAACAUUCGGGUCUAAUGAAUGAUUAUUCAGCGAAGUAUGGACCUUUGGCACCUCCGCCGCCAGUACAAGAGCAGGCGUCCCCAGUGUCACGCAACGCGCCGGUUGGCCCGGUUGAAUGCUACCAGACGGACCAGCGCUACCAGCACGCCAUAACACCGGGCUACAUGGCGGCAUCUCCGAUGCAGUCGCCCAUGACGCCGUCACCUGGUUCGUACCAUCAUCCGUACCCGAGUCCACAACAGGCGUCAGUUCCCCCUAUGGUUUCCCCCGGGAUCCCGUACUUGAACGAUGAUUCGGCCGCGAGUAUCAGUGGAUACCAACCACAAGGACAGACAUGUGUUCCUCCUCACUCGAGUCCAGGCUUUCAGGGUAUGCAUCACCACGGGGGUAACGUUGUUGGUGGUGUUGGAGUGGGGCAAGGAUACGGUUAUGCUGUGCAUCACUCUUCGAGUCAGAUGAACUGCCGAGUUCCUGGUCAAGGGAACAUGAUGAUACAGAACCAGUCUGCGCAGUAUCAACAAAUGCCUUCGAGUAACGGUGCUUACAGCAUUUCCAUGGAUCAUCACGCGAUGCAAUAUCAACAGCGUCCUGUUCCUCAACAAAUGUACAGUUACGAUCAACUGACAUCACCGGAGCAUCAGCAGGAACAGCACCACAAUGCCUAUCAUAAUCCUGGACAAACGUCUUGCGCUGCACAGUAUCAUCAGACUACUGAUGCUGGGCAUGUUCAACCACCAACACCCUCCUCAGCUACCCCUACACCUUCAAGCAGCAGUCACGGCGGCGGAAAUCCCAACCAUCCUUUCCUGCCGCUAUCGAGUGAAGGAAAGUGCAAGUUGGGUUUACGCGGAGGAAAUCCGUUGACUGGUUCGCAAGCACCUAAACCCUUUAUGUUUCCGUGGUUGAAUUUCGGAGGGAGAUUCAAACUCGGUUUGCGCGGCGGGAACCCAUUUAGUCCGGGAGUUUUGCCGUGUGUUCCAUCUUCGGCAAGUGCGGCGUCCACGACUUCUUCAUCGCCGAGCACGUCGAUGCCUGCGGACUCGUCUGAAAGCGUUGCAGCCUCUCUGGGUGCUGUGUUUGAAGAAGAAGACGAUGCAUCAAGAGAGGAUGCCAGUUACCAAGGAGGUAUGGAGGAGAAUCCAGAUUCAAUGUCUCAAGCGCCGGACUCAUGUUCUGUGAGUGCCGUUGAGAGUGAAGAUCAAACAGUACACAGUACUGAGUGCGAAAUGAUGGAAGAGUUUGGUUCGAAUCCAGUGGAAGAAAUUGUGGACGAUUAUUCCUCUGAUCCAGUAGAAGAAAUCGUUGAUGAGUACUUGACGCAUCCUGUUGAAGAAGUCGUUGAGUCAGAUCCGCAGCCUGAAGAGCCGGAUAUAAGCCUUCCGGAUAUUCCCGCAGCUAAUGCGCCAGACGUGCUCAACGUGAUCGAUGAUCAUUUCGAACAAGUCGCUGAAGAAUCUAUUGUUGCUUCAUUAGAAGACGAUAUCACCGAAGCUCAAGAAAGUUCACCAAAUGCUGGGUCAUCUCUGCCGAUAGAAAAAGCAAGUGCAUCGGAGGCAGUUCAGGAAGAAGAUUAUCACCUUCAGGAAGCUUACGAAUUUGAGUUGGCUGAAGAGGAAGAAACAGGAUCGUACCCCGAGGAGAAAUCUCACGCGGACGCAUCAUCGCAAAAAAUCCAGCAUGAAAAUCAGAAGACCGCUGACCAAGGGUGCCGAAUGGAAUUGGACGGCUUUGAGAUUCAUGCCCCGACCGUUCACGAAGCCGCCAUGCUAAGCGAUGAGGCUAACGCCGAAAUAUUUUCUUCGUCGUUUUCUUCCAUGAAGCAGACAUCAUACAAUGCUCUCGUUGAAUCACGGGAACGGCCGAUCGGAAAUAUGUUGUUCGACGUUCUGCAACGCCCGAUGAACGAACAGAAACGAUCAGAGGACUCGCCGAACUUACCGCAACUGAUGAAAGCGCUUACUGGGAAACGUGAAGUAAAGAAGGACCGUCGACAAAGCGGGAGUCAGUUGGCAGCGAUGCUGGAAGGUGUCGGGGAAGGGAAAUCCGAGAUGGACAGUUUCGGAGGUUUGAUGAAACCCCCAGCAAUUAUUUCUGCAAAUGAACAACAAGCCUCUGUUUCUGCCGUGUCUGCAGCAGUCUCUAACUCUGCGCCGUUAUCCACACCGCUUGUGACAUCCGUAGCCCCGUUGCCGGUAAAAAGCCCGGAUUUCCAGAACGUGUUGUUGAAGCAGUUAUUGCAGAGUACGUCACCAACUCCUGCUGCUAGUGGAGACCCUGCGUCGUCAGUUGCAGGUGCUGUUGUGUCGACCUCCGUUGCUGGCACUGGUGGAGGAGUGGCGAAAACGUUUCUCGUGCCACAAGUGGUGACGCAAACUGCGUCAGUGACGGCAACAGCAGCACAAAGUGGACCGUCGGUGGCAUCAGCCAUAACGUCGUCUACUGGCCCAAGCACAUCGUCGGUUGCGUGUGCUGCGUUGUCGUCACAACUAUCACCUAUCGCGUUUCAAGUUCCCAGAGUUAUGUCGAGUGCAGGAUCAACAGCACACAAACUUCUCGGACAGCAAUUCCAUCCUGUUCCAUCAUCGGUAGACACAACCUCAGUGACAGCGUCAAUUAAUCAGCCGAUUGUUAGCACCGGAGCUCCUCCAGAAAAACCGCCUUCAUCUGAGCAUCCACAAUUGGAUUUCCCUGUUGAGCUGCCGGAGACAUUGGCCGCCAUUAAAGUAGAAACGCAUUUGUUGCCAGUGACGACUAUGUCGGAACAGGCGGCUUUGCUAGAAGCCGAACGUAUUUUGAAAAUGGCUGGAAUCAAAGAAGCUGAUCCUAUCAUAAAAGUUGAGCCGGAAUCGAGUUCUUGCUCAGUCGGAAGCAGGAGUUCUGUGCCGGUGUCUCCAGUACCAGGUUCUUGGUUGGGCGUGGAUACUCCCAAACCGACUUUGAACACAGACGCAGUGAAGGUGGAAUUUGGAACUACCUCAUUAAUGGACGACAUUGUGAAUGGAUCAGAAGCAGGAUCAUUGAAACCAAGCCCUGAUGAAAUGAGGGGAAAUCCUUUGACCGAAGCAGAACUCAAGAAGCAGAAGGAUUUGGAAGCCCGAAGAGCAAAGCGUCGACUCUACCAGAAGAAGCGCCGGAUGAUGGAGAAUGAGCGGAAGGCGGCCCUUAAAGCAGCUGCCGAAAAUGGCACGGUUUCUCCACAGAUCCCUCUGACUUCUCCAUCGUCUGAUUCUGGAUCCCGACCUGGACCGCAGAAAGGCGUUAAACGAGCUGCAAAUUCGUCAAAUGGGAUGAUGAAUCACGCUGCACCUGUUGCGGUGCCACCAGGGUUCAUUGGCGGCAGAGCCACACCAGUCACUACAGGCGCUCCGAAUGUUGCAGUUGGUACCAUUUCUCCCUCUGGCGCCCCUGCGAAGAAGAAAUCACGCAAGCAAAGUGCAAAGGUCGAAGAAGUGGACUACGAAGGAUUCAUCGACAGCCUAAUGCAAAAGUUACGAUCAAUGCCACCUCCAAGUUUAGGAGAACCGCCGAUUCCUGCUGAUGUUUCCGAACCAGCUUUGCCACCCGUAGAAGAACCAAAAGUGCAAGAGCCUAGCAAAAAAUCGGGACAAAUGUUGUCCAACCGCGGGGAGAGAUUCGAUUGGUUGUCGACUUCUGGAAGGCUGAUUGGCGAAUUCGGGAACGCCGUGCAUCCCGCAAAAGGAGACUAUUACAAUUUGCGAGGAAGUUAUGAGAAGGAAAUGAUGAAGGAUGCUCACGUUGAAGGUGGAUUGAAGUAUUACUCUCUGGAAUUCGGACCCAAAGAUUACCAUCACGAUGGAAGUUUGAAGCUGGAGGUCUUAUUGAAGACGCGUCUUGCAAGUCUGGAGAAUGCACGCAGUACGCCGCAGAUCAUCGCAAAAAACAACUCUGGCAUGUUUUCACCCACCAGUGGUCUUACGUCUCGGCAACGUAAUCCAGACAGUCCGGAAAGUUACAUUUCGUCUUCUUCACCCGAGUGCAUUCUCGAGGACGAGCCGAUAAAGUUUUACUCUGGCCUAUGGAACUCAUCUGAUGAAUCAGAGCAAGACGAAGAACCAAAAGAAGGCGCUGAAGAAAAUUCCGGAAUGGCACCAGCGCGGAAACGUCGCCGGCGUCGUUUUGCCACAGACGGUGGAUCACCAGUUGUCCAAAUAGUUACCCCUAUCCCGUUGAGACCAGAUGACGCUGACUUUCCGGUUUCCAUGACGCCGCCGCGGACGUUGUCGCCGGAUGACAAAGAGAAUCUCAAGAUGGGCGACGGGAAAAUGACAGUAGUGGCAUUGACUGGGCCUACAGCAACGACACCCACAACUGGGACAGCUAUGUCUCCGCAGUUGCCGUUAAGAGAGGCGAAUAUCGCGGUGACGCUGACGUUGUCUGGCGACCGCAUCAAGGACGUGGCGGCCGUCAUCGGGAAACUGUCUUCCAUUUUGGGGAUUCCGACUCCGGCGACGUUUGAGAUAGAUGAGGUGAUGGAUGACAACUCUCUGUCGAACAGAGUCACGAGUGGAGCGAGUACGCCGAUGGAACUGGGUGACAGCGGAAAAGAUGUAUCCGACUCUAUAUCCUUGUCAUCGCUGAUGAAGCAAGCGUCGUCAUGUUCAUCAGCAUCGUCAGGCUCUUUGGAUAACGAUCGUUACUGCAAACAUUGCGAUGUGUUGAUCGGUAUUGGCACAAACGAGGUUCGAAAAUCUGCGAAAGACUUUGGCCUGAACUGUGGUACGGAUGAAGAAAUGCGUGAAGAGUUCGUCUUCUGCUCGACCAACUGCUACAUGCAAUUUGCGCUUAUCAAACGUGUACCUGGCAACUUGACAGAGAAGGGACUGGAAUUAAAAAUGGAGCCUAAAGACGACGACGACGAAGACUUGAAGCGAGAAAUCGAAGUCCUAGGCCUGGGUGGAGUAGGAAAGCCUAAGAUCAAAAUGGAAGCUUGCGAAAAGCCAGAUACCGAUAUUUUCCACUCGACACUGUUGAGCACGGUUCGACAGGGAAUUUACAUGCCGGAGGAUAUGGACAUCGACGACAUGCCGGAAUCUCCUCCCUUGGCUCCCUCUAUCCGUCUGCGAGUCGGCCCAAAUUGUGUUCGUUCGUUUUUAGUCGGUAUGCCAGCUACUGUACCCAAAGAACUACGAGAUCGGCUUGAGUGGCUAAAAGAUCCUCGUCCAACGCCAAGUCCGGAAAGCGCUGUCGAAGAAGAAGAGUCCUCGUCGUCAUCGGAGGACGAGUCCAGCGAGGAAGAAUCUAGUGAAGAAGAGACGACGGUUGGACGAGGGUCAAAAGGAGACGGAAAGGGUAAAGGGGAUAAACGCGUGGGUUCGGCUGCAACUGGAGGAAUAGAGUCAGAAGAGGAAACUGGACGAUUGAGCACACCGAGAGACAAAAACUGGAAGGGAAUUGCGUACAAAUACUUCGAUUUUGAAGAAGUUCCGGUGUCGAAGAAGAACAGACCGCCUACUGAAAAUGAGCUUACGGAUAUGUUAUUCCGGAUGGGAAUUUGUCUGAUGCCAACAUGGGAUUCAUUGGACCAACGAGAAUGUGCCUUUUGCGGAGUGCCGGGUGAUGGAAGUUCUGAUGGUCCUGCGAGGUUGUUGAACUUGGAUGUCGACAAAUGGGUGCAUCUUAACUGCGCCCUUUGGACCGACGAAGUUUACGAAACUACCAGCGGAGCUUUGAUGAACGUGGAUCAGAAACUGAAGCAGAACGCCGCUUUCACGUGUUCGCUCUGCGAACGUCCCGGUGCCUCUGUGCACUGCUUCAAGCUGCGUUGCACCAACUACUACCACCUGGGUUGCGCUUCGAAGGCCGGCUGCGUGUUCUACAAAAACAAGACCGUGUUCUGUCAACAACACGUUCCCAGGAGUGAGAAAGAAAACGAGCUUACGACUCUUUGCGUAUUCCGGAGAGUCUACGUGGACCGUGACGAAGAGCGACAAAUUGCGAGCAUGAUGCACAUGAACGAUAGUGACAACUACUUGCUACGUGUUGGAUCGCUGAUUUUCAUGGAAAUCGGACAGUUGUUACCUCAGCAGUUGAAUAACCCAUUGUAUCACACCAAGGAAGUGAUUUAUCCUGUCGGAUACAAAGCUGUGAGGAUUUAUUGGAGUUAUCGCCGGCUCAACAAACGUUGUUGCUACGAGUGUACGAUCACGGAAGAAGAAGGAAGACCGCAGUUCAGCGUUCGUUGUCGUGAGCGAGAUCUGGACGAUGUUACCUUUCUCGGUCGUUCUCCAAAGGAAGCCUGGUCGCACGUGCUUGAGCCCAUAGCUCGUAUGCGACUCGAAGCCGGGAUUAUCAAAAUGUUUCCAAAGUUUCUCACUGGUGACGAUUUAUUUGGGCUGACUGAACCGGCUGUAGUGAAGAUCAUUGAGAGUCUACCGGGAUUGGAUGCUCUUGCAGACUACAGAUUCAAGUAUGGGCGGAAUCCGAUGUUCGAGAUGCCGUUGGCGAUCAAUCCAUCUGGCUGUGCAAGAGCAGAACCGAGAGGGCGAACAAUCAGCAAGCGUGUUCAUGCUCAGCGUGGCGGUUGCGUCGCACGCAGCACAACCACGAUGGCUUCAGCAGCAUCCCCGUCUUCAGCGUCAUCGUCAUCCUUAAUGGCUUCAUUGCACAAUUACGACAUCUACGGGCUGUACGGGAAGCAGCCCGUGCACUCCAAGUCGUCGCAGUACAAAAAGAUGAAGCAGGAGUGGCGGAACAACGUUUACUUGGCGCGGUCCAAAAUCCAGGGCUUGGGACUCUACGCGGCGCGAGACAUCGAAAGGAACACGAUGAUCAUUGAGUACAUUGGAGAAUUGAUCCGGCCGCAGAUUUCCGAGCUGAGGGAGAAGCGUUAUGAAGCCGCUAAUCGUGGCACGUACAUGUUUCGUUUGGAUGAUGACCGAGUGAUUGAUGCGACUUUGAAAGGGGGCUUGGCAAGGUAUAUCAACCACUGCUGCAAUCCGAACUGCGUCGCAGAGGCAGUGGAGGUCGAUCGUGACGUCAAAAUCAUCAUCUUCUCAAAAAUUCGAAUCUCAAAAGGAGAAGAGCUCUCUUACGACUACAGAUUCGACGUGGAAGAUGAACAGCACAAAAUUCCUUGCAUGUGCGGUGCGUCGAAUUGCAAAAAGUGGAUGAAUUGAGGUAUCGUUUCGUUUCCUGUGCUUGUUGCUUGCUUGUUGAGUCAGGGAUGAGUUUUAUUGUUUUUCGUGCGUGAAGAAUUCAUUGAUUUCCCCCCUUUCCCGUAUUUGGCGUCAGUGUUCGCAAGGAAGGGUUUUAGGGUCGCGGUGGAUAUUGAUCAAACAUGCGGGGAAAGAGAGUUGCUAUCGUUGUUGAAAUGUUUGGGAAAUAUUUAAAAGUUUAUCUUAGUCCACGGCACCGAAAGAAAAAAAAAGUUUUGCUAUCCGCUGUUAUUUUUGUGGGGAUGGGCAACUAGGGGGACGGAAGUGAGGUUUGGAGAAGCGAAACGUUGCGACAAUCCUGUUGUCCCCCGUCGAGGGCCCGAGUUUCCGGUGAGAUUCGUGUUGAAUUUUCUUUCUUCUGCUUCCGGCACAACGGCCUGAGUUUCCGCUUUGAGUUUUCCGCGGCGGGAAUGGUCUAGUCACUCCCACCAAAUUUUUGUUCCUGUAUAGAGUUCACCCCCAUGAGUUGUUUCGUGAUUCGCAGAUUUAUUUUGUAGCGGCGAGAGUGAGCUUGGCUUGAUUUAUUUUUCUAAUUAUUGCACGGCAAUCUCUCCCCCUUAGUGUGCUUAACGCAGUUCUUGAGCUAAUUUCCACUACGCUGACGGGUCUUGCUUACGUGAUGCCAUUUUUGUUGGUUUCAAUUCAACCGUACUUUAUCCACAUGAUGCUGGGAAAGUCACGCGCAAAAUUUCCGUUUUAUGCGUUCGUUGCAAGUUUGAAAGGUAUGCGAAUAAUUGUUUUUGCUUUUCGAAUGCUGAGGCUAAUUAUUUUCAUGUGGGAGUGAAAACGAUUCUCAGGCUGGCAAGUUCGCGGUGCAAUUGAGGCAUGGAGGAAGUUUCACCCUCGGUAAUGUCGAGUGAGAUUGUUCGAUUGCUUAGAAUAUGAAGGAUUUUGUGCAAAGCAUAAUUACUUUUCCUGUUGACCGUUUGCGUAAUCGAUUUUGCUUGUCAGCGUAAUGGAAAUUGCUCUUGUUAUGAGUUCUGACUUCUGAGUGGUUCGGAGAGAAGAAAAAAAUCAGGGCGUCAUUUCGUUCAAAAAAGGAGAAAGAUAUAGCGAAAGGAAUAUUGGCGGCCUUGAGGGCGUCGGCAAAAACCCGGCGUUAUUUUUUACGGCCCGUAGAAAGAGCGACGAAAGGGAUUUUGACGCGGCGGAUGUUGGGCAGUUUUUUUUAUUGCGCGCUUUUUUCAGAGGAGAGGAAUUUCUCUGACUUUUCAGAGAAUUUUUGACCCGGCUUCUUUAGUUUUGAUUUUUAGACGGUUUUCCUUAUUUGCGGGGCAUUAGCUUGUCUCGGUGUUUUAAUUUUUUUUCGGCGGCCAUACUUUCAAACUUCUGUUUCGUUCACGCUUUAUGUCUAGAAUUGCUUUUUGUGUUCAGGGUUUUGAUUUGUUUUCCUUUCGUCAGUAUAUGCGUUAAUGGCAUUUUACGUUUGGGAGAGAAUUUUUUGAAUGUGCCGGGCGAACAUGAAAGACGUAUUAUUUUUUUGUGGCGUUGUGCGCUUUUGUGUUUCCUCCCGAGUCAAGUUCGUGCACAUUCCUCGCGUCACGAUCUUUUCGCUUGGAUAUUCGUUCACGUCUCUUUCGUUUCUUCCUUUUGUGAUUUUGAAAAUUCCUUUAAUUUUCAAUUUCCUCGUUUUGGACUUGCGUGGCUUAAACGAUUCAUCGGCAUUAUUGUGCGUAUCAGUCGAAGGGUUUUUUUUACUGCAGUGUACGCGCUAGUGUGGGGUUUUUUUUAGUCGCCCGUGUGGAGUUUUUUUUUUUUUUCGUCUUGUUUGAGUUGCCGAGCUGGUCAUGUGGCCGUAGGAAGAGAAUUUUCUGCAGUGCGGAGGGCUUACUUUUCAGCUUUUUUUUUUUUGGUACCCCGUUGUCCCGCGUUGGCUUGUUUUAUCUCCUACUUGCCUCGGAGUCGCCUGAGGCAUUUUCGUGUGCCUAGGGUCGGAGCCGGGCAAAUUGCACUCCAUGCACUGAACCCGUGUUUUACCCGUUGUUUCCGGACUGAACUUUUGACUUUGGGGAAGAAAGCGGAAGAAAAGUUGAAUUUUCUAAAAAAAAA